AUGUCUGCUGUGUCGAAUGCUGAUGCAGCGUCCAAAUCGGCUUCCAAGAAGAAGAGAAAGAACAAGAAGAAGGCCAACGACAAGACAAAAUCUUCCACAGAAACACCAGACGUUAACGGCACGAACGACGACCAAGACGAUGAUGUUGACGACGACGAAGACACAAGCCGGAAACAGUCGGUAGCCGGUCUCGACGAAUCCACCACUCCACAACCUCUGCCACUCAAUGAUUCUCAUCAAACAUCCGAGCCUGCUACCCGACCGGACGAUGACGCUCGCUCAGAAAGUACUGCCCGCAUGGAUGCCAUAGCCAAGGAACGAGAUGACCUGCGUCAAGAAUUGGCCGAGUUGCGCAAGUCCCUCGAAGCCAUCCAAGAGAAGCACCUAAAAGAGACGGAACAACUCAAGUCACAGGCUCAGGAUGACAAGAAUACUCGCGACAAUGCCGAGAUCGAGGACCUGCGCAAGUCGCUACAGUCUGCGCAGGACAAGCACAAGCAGGAACUCGACCAAUUAAAGACGCAAGCUGAGGAAGCCCAGACCACCAAAGAUAAUGCUGAACUUUCUGGGUUGCGCGCCUCAAUCGAGUCCAUGCAGAAGAACCAUCUGCAGGAGAUACAAGAGCUCAAGGAUCAGGCACAAAACACCCAGUCCGCCAAGGACAACGCAGAAGUAGCUGAGCUGCGCCAGUCGCUUGCAUCUCUGCAAGAGAAACACGCAAGCGAGAUCGACCAUCUCAAGAAGCAAGCAGAAGAUGUCCAGACAGACAAGAACAAUUCCGAAAUCGCCAAUCUGCGCCAAUCAUUGGAGUCUGUAAAGGCAGAACACGAAAAGGAAAUUGAACGUCUUAACAAGGAGGCUCAGGAAGCACAAGCGACCAAGGAGAAUACCGAGAUUACAGAGCUACGCAAGUCACUGGAGUCUCUACAAGAGAAGCAUCAGAAAGAAGUUGAAGACUUGAAGAAGCAAGCGCAAGAAGCACAAGCUGGAAAGCAGACUUCGGAUGGUGAAGAGCUGGAUCAAAUAAGGGCACAACUUGAAGAAACCCAGAAGGGUAAGGAAAAUGCCGAGAGCGCCUACCGCACACUUUUGGGCAAGGUCAACACCAUCAAGUCGCAAUUGGGAGAACGUCUGAAAGCAGAUGCUGAAGAACUCUCUAAAGCUCGCGCCGAGAUUGAGGAUCUUCAAGAAGAGAGCAGAUCCGCUCGCGAAAACAAAGAAGAACUUCAAUCCACCAUUCAUCAACUCGAGACCCAACGCAAGGAGCACGAAAGCGAGAUCGAGUCACUUCGAAGUCGUACCAACGUCAGCCAGUCGAACUGGGUCAAGGAACGUGAUGAGUUGGUUAGCAGGGAAGCGUUUGCUCGUGAAGAAUUUGAGAACGCUCGACAAGCUAUGCAAGACUGGGAAGUUCUGGCUAUGGAAGAAAGAUCGUUGCGCGAGUCACUCAGUGAGCGUGUGAUAGAGAUCGAGGAGCAACUCAACGCUCAGAGAGAGGCCUACGAACGGGCCGCGAGCGAAAGAGAUACACAAAAUUCGACCGUCGACUCGCUGCAACGGGCGUUGCAAGAUAUUCAAGAUGCACGCAAGAAAGAGCUGCGCGAGAUGGUCGAAAGUUCACAAUCUCAGCUAGAUGCUCUGCGCGCCCAGACUGAANGAAGCAAAGCCUCGGCUGCGUCGGCAGCAGAAGAGCUCGAGAAAACACGGAAAGAGCUCGAGCGUGCCCUUCCGUUCGAAAAAGAGGUCAAGGAGAAGAACUUGCUAAUCGGAAAACUGCGACACGAAGCCGUCAUUCUCAACGACCACCUCACAAAAGCUCUGCGAUUCUUGAAACGUGGCAAACCGGAGGACAAUGUGGAUCGUCAUAUCGUGACCAACCAUUUCUUGCACUUCCUGAUCCUUGAUCGUAGUGAUCCAAAGAAGUUCCAAGUCCUGCAGCUGAUUGCUGCACUACUUGGUUGGACAGAGGAACAAAGAGAGCAAGCAGGAUUGGCACGACCAGGUGCUUCUAAUUCCCUGCUCAAGAUCCCACUAUCGCCUUUCCGCCGCACUCCAUCAACGCCAUCUCUGUCAGACUCUACCUUCGACAACCAUCAGGGAGGCAGCAAAGAAUCACUUGCCGAACUUUGGUCCGAAUUCUUGGAAAGAGAAGCGCAAGAGGGUGGCGUGCAUAACAGCCGUAGUGGCAGUUUCGCCAUGAUGUCGCCAACACAAGAAAGACCUGCUUCUGCUGGAGGGCUGGGCCUUGGUAGUCCCAGGCCUAAUUAG